CGCCAUCAGAACGAUUCGCAGUGGCAGAAGUCGAGUACGGUCUCUCCCUUUAUUUAAUUACCAUUUUUGUUUUCGAAAAUUACGAAAAGCUACUACCAACAAUAAUGAGUUGAUCACUACAUACCAUGGAUGAAAUGAGCUCAGGCUUGGAGCCUGAUGAGUUGAUGGACCUGGAGGAACCAGAACCUUAUGAAUUGGAAGAGGAAGAUGAAGAACUUACUGAAGAUCCAUCUUCUUCUCCUUUUCAACUUUUAUCUUCUGGUCCUGGUUCCACAGCUACCUCAGCAGCGUCAUCACCACCAAAUACUGAAGAUUUUCCCACCCCUUUCAAUUUUUCUGGAAAGCCACUCAGUGUCAAAAGGGGGAGAGGUCGUCCUCGUAGAGAAGGAGGAAAACCAAGCCAAAGAAGAAGCUGUGGAAAUUCAUCAUCUAGAGUUCGGCGAAGCAGACCAUCAAGUUUAUCUAGAUCUAGAGGCUCUCGGAGUGUUAGGCAGCCUGACAAAAUGGACUUUGAUUUUUCAUAUUUUAGUUCAUCUGCUUUGGAUGAUAUGUCCCUUGAUCCGGAUACUGGAGCUUUGCUGUUUCCAGAGAGGGACAGGUUUCCACCAGUUGAGGAUGUUCCAUAUGCUCCGGAGGCUUGGCCUGGAAAAACUUGCGCCUUUUGCAAUUUACCAGAGCGCAGUCAACUCGGCCAAGGAGAAAUGGUACGUUUGAACUGUCCUGAAGGGUUCACUCCUCAAAGGGUUGUUAUGGAUCAAAACAGUCAGACGCCUCCUCAAGCUUUAGAGAAAGACAAUGGGGAUAAGAGUCCCAGAGGGCCAGUUACAUGCAGGAGGAACAAGACUUUCAAUAGGUUACGUAAUCAGUCAAUGACCAAUGAAUAUGUAGAUGAACUUAGCAUAAUUGGUUACAAUGAGGAACCAAGUGUGAAUAUCCUGUUUGAGACAAAUGGGCAGUUUUUUGUACACAGAAAUUGCGCCCUCUGGUCUAAAGGGGUUAAUAGAACAGAACAAUUUGCUUUGGAAAAUGUGGGUCCCGUUGUUCUUGAGAGUUCCUCCAAAAAAUGUUCAUUCUGCAAUCACUAUGGGGCAAGUCUUGUGUGUAAAAUGGAAGGCUGUACAAAAGUUUUCCAUUUCCCUUGCUCCACAGCCUCCGGUGCUUUCCAAGAAUUGGCCUCGUUUAGUGUAUACUGCAGCAGUCAUCUUGGGCAAGCUGCUUUGCAUUGCGAGUCCUCGGUUUGUUACACGUGUAGAAACACCGGCGACGUAGCCAACUUGAUGUACUGCUCUGGCUGUGGAGCCCAUUACCAUGGAAGAUGUGUUGGGUUGGCUCAAUUACCAGGGGUUAGAGCCGGCUGGCAAUGUCGCAAGUGCCGUAUAUGUCAAGUAUGCCGUAUGACGGGAGACGAAAGCAAACUUAUGACGUGCGAGCAGUGCGAUAAGGUUUACCAUGCCAGUUGCCAAAGACCCAUAGUCACUUCAAUACCUAAGUAUGGCUGGAAGUGCCGGUGUUGCAGGGUGUGUGGGGAUUGUGGCUCCAGGACUCCAGGCGCUGGAUUGUCCUCCAGGUGGCACCUACAUUAUACCGUGUGCGAUUCAUGUUACCAGCAACGCAACAAGGGUUGUUCUUGUCCCAUGUGCCAUCGUGCUUAUCGGUCACACGCGCAUAGAGAGAUGGUGCAGUGUACCAUGUGUCGAAAGUUUGUGCAUGGUACUUGCGACCCGGACGCAGAUUUGGCUACCUAUCACCAAAGGAAGGAGGCAAACCCGGAGUAUGAGUAUGUGUGCGCCAUUUGCAAAAACCUGGCUCUGCAGAGCCAGCAUCAAACGUCUCGCCAGCUGACCACUAAAAGAUUUAGUACUGACGAACCUGGCGACUUAUCCGGCUCCCAAGAGUCUCUGUAUGAUGACAUGUCCGAAUUUGACGUGCCUUUGGAAGAGAGCGUGCGCAACGUGGGCCUCGGCAAGGGCAAACCGUUUGCCAGCAAAAUUGCCAAGAAACGUCUUAGUUUUCAAACGGGAAAGCCCGGCAGACCGAAGGGCAGUUACGGAAAAGGUGCUCCCGGAAAGCAAGGCUUCAUGAAACGCCAGCGAUCGUCAGAGUUUGUUAGGAAACGCGGCCCCAAAGCGAAAAUGCGAGGUGUCUUCGGGGCGCCAGGGGUGGGGCUCCAAAGACCCGUGUCCGAUGGGAAGGGCGAGGACGAACCGGGAGUGGAGAACCGCUUGGUUCUCUGUUCCGCCAAGGAUAAGUUUGUGCUAACUCAAGACAUUUGCGUAAUGUGCGGGGCGUUGGGAACCGAUCAGGAGGGUUGCCUCAUCUCCUGUGUGCAGUGCGGCCAAUGCUAUCAUCCCUACUGCGUAAACGUUAAGAUUACCAAGGUCAUUUUGCAGAAGGGUUGGAGGUGUCUGGAUUGUACCGUGUGCGAAGGAUGCGGCCAGCGUAAUGACGAGGGUCGUCUUAUACUGUGCGACGAUUGCGACGUAUCGUAUCACACGUAUUGCAUGGAUCCACCCCUAGACUACGUACCGCACGGUAACUGGAAAUGCAAAUGGUGCGCAUGUUGCCGGAACUGCGGGGCCACCGAUCCCGGAUUCAACUGCACGUGGAUGAACAGCUGUACCGAAUGCGGGCCCUGCGCAUCUCAUACCGCAUGCCCAAGCUGCACUGAACCUUAUGCCGAAGGCGAUCUAAUAAUACAGUGCGUUCAGUGCGAGAGAUGGCUACACGGCGCAUGCGAUUUUAUCAAAACGGAGCAGGAUGCAGAAAAAUGCGCCGAAGAAGGCUACAAUUGCAUUUUGUGUCGCCCAAGAGACGUGCCGCCGCCUCACAUGGUGCCGCAACCGAUCGCCCCGAAACCCCCGACUCCCACCAAGAGUCCUGAGCUAAAAUCCCUCACCAACUAUUUCAUAGACGGUGUAUGUUUGAGUGAAUCGGGCCACAACCUCAUCAAGUCCUUGUCUUUGGAGUAUCACGGUUCCAGGAAGAAGCGCAAAAAGGUCCCGACUAUGCAAGACAAAGAAGCCGGAAUUAUGGCGACCAUAGAGUCUGUGGUUGCGGGGGGAAGUGCAGGUUUUGCAGCCGACAACAGUUUAGAAGACACCAAGCUGGAACUGGUGGAUGUUAAGGAGGAACCGCAGGAACUUUACAAAGAGGGAAUGAUAUGGACCAAAGAAGAUGGUCCGCCGCCCGAGGGAUUCACGGUAUUUACCAUGGAGAGCGGCAUAUCUGUUUUGAGAAGGAAACGGCAGAGGAAUCUUCAAAAGUUGGGCAUUGGCGGCUUCUUGGUGCGCAUGAGAGGGUUCCGUACCGGGCAAGACAACGACGAUAUUGACACAUUGCCCGGUCAAACUACACCCACUACACCCGAUCUGCCACCGUCGUUACCGCCUGAAGGUGAUAAACCCAAAAGGAAACCGAUAAGACGCAAACCAAAAAGUAAGCUGGCGGAAACCUUCCCUGCCUAUCUCCAGGAGGCAUUUUUCGGUAAAGACUUGAUGGACGUCACCGACUUGAAAAAGGAAGUAGACAGUGGCAGCAGCGACGACGAUAACAAGGACGGGAAGUAUCACGCCAUCAAAUUAUCAGCGGAGGAACUUAUGGCUGUGGCAUCCGCCAAACAAGAAUCCUCUGAUUUUGUUCCAAAAGAAACCAAAGAUGCCGUCGACGGAGACAAGUCGAAAUCUUCAUUAAAUUUGAUACCUAAAGAUGAAGACGAAGAAAACACCGAAGACCUGAAAGAUGUUCUCGCUUUGCCGGGCGAUUUGUUGGAUACGGACUUGGUGAACAGUAUUAUUAACGAAGAUGAUGACGAUCUUGCCAAGAAUACCGAAUUGGAAGCGCUAGGGGAUGACACCGAACUCGGUGAUACUUUGGGCAGCUCCGGGAAUUCGAAAGACGCCAAAGACGAAUUGAGCGAUAUCCUGGGUUCCCAUUUCAACUUGGAAUCUAUACCAAACAUAAACAGCAAAGACGUCGAAGACAUAUUUAAGGGCGUGCUGACCGAUGAGUCUCAGGAAUCUCAGCUUUCCCAAGAGGCCAACAUUUUCCCGCCGGCCCAGCAACCAAGUGCCGGAACUAUGUUCAAUAACGUGCCACAGCCCUCGCCUUUGUCUAUUCCUCAGAUGUCUCUACCAUCGGCCCCAAUCAGACCUACGGCUUUACCGUCGGUGAACCACAGCAAUUUGAAUUCGCCCGUCAGUUUUCCACCACCCUCCCCAUACCAUUCCGAGUACAGCAAUAGUCCGCAAUUUAGCCCUGCCUUCUCGGAGCCUCCGAGUCCGUGGAUUAAUAUAAAUGAGGGACCCGAGAUCGACAGUACCAGCGUGGGGGUGCCGUCUACGUACAACCAGAGGUCGUCAGAGAAGAUGAAGGCUGAUGAAGGUUUGGGUAGCGGAGCUACUAUUUCGGCCGUACUCUACGCCAAUAUGAACCAUCCGGAGUGGAAAACGGAGUACCCAAUUUGGUCGGAUAGAAACAAGCAGAUAAUCAAAAAAUGGCGGACGCUGAGCCAGGACCAAAAGGCGCCCUACUUGCAACAGGCAAGGGACAAUAGGAGUCAGUUGCGCAUGAAAAAAGCGCAGCAGUCACAGACCAACAAGGACCCAACCGCACCGAGCCCGGCCGCUCCCGUAAAGCAACCCCCGACGGCGUCAGCCGCCACCAGCUUGCCACCCUCAUCCUCGGGACCACCGCAGCCCGUCGUGUUAGCGCCGUCCGCGUCGGCAUCGUCAGAGGACCAAGAGAAGAUUUCCUUGCAGCAGAAAUCGGCGCGGGAAGCUGAACAGGAGAGGCAGUGGAAACAGUUACAGGCUCUGAGACAGCAGCAAGCACAGCAACAGCAGCACGUCAUUCAUGAACAGAGAGUUCAAGCUAUCGCAAGGGUUCAAAGAACCGUCUCCGAUCCGAAUCAGCCAUUCGUGCAGGGUAAUCAAACUCUGCCGUUGCAGGUGGCAACCACGCCGCAGGAUAACAGCCCCGCGGCGUCUCCAUCGCCCAUUUCCCGCCAAUUCAUCGGUAUUAAAUCACCUCCGUUUUCACACCUCUCCCCGCAACAGACAGCGACCCCACGUACCCCAACUUCCUCUCAAUCCCCUGUGCACGAUUUUCAGCAGCAACAUCAGCCGCAAGUCCAAGCGCCACAAACGGAUUCCCCGACAGAUCCUUAUCCACAAGCUCCCGCCACUCCCAAACCCAUUCAGUUUGCUCCUAGAUUAGCCGGUGCAGGUAUCGUUGAUGCAUUUGGGCAGCCGCCGACACCGAGACCACAGUUCGUGGCCCCACAACAGAGACCGUCAUUGCAGGUUCGGCCCGAUCAACCAGAAAUCACCCGCCAAUUACGAGAGCUCCUUCAACGACAGCAAUUCAAGAAUUUGGAUUUAGUCCCCGGUAAAACUGGGCAAAGAGUGUGGCCUCCUUCCGAAACGCAAGAGUCGGAAAUCGGAACCCCUAGCGCUUCUUCCGGAUCAGACAACACCUUUAGGCAACCAUUGCCACCAACAAUCAAUCGACCUAGAAUACCUUUGCCUGUCGGUGCUCGAGGAGCGAUGAACAUACGACUUCAACCCCUAGAAGGAAGGCUCCAGGGCUUGGAUCCUCGAAUGAGACUUAUUCUGCAGCAGCAACAAAGACUUUCGCUGCCUAAUCAACAGCAUCAGCUGCAACAGGAUUUGGCGGGCGGGGCGGUUCGGUUUCCCCAUAUCGGAUCGGUUAGACCUUCUACUGUGGAGCAGUAUGAGCAGCUGCUCCAUCAGAGGCAAAUUCAGCUUCAAAACAGGUCUGCCGGGUCGCUCGACCAAUCAGGUGGCUCGGUGGCAAGGUUGCUUCAGGGUGGACCUGGGGUCGCGCCCAGAUCUGCAAUAGCGACUUCUGGAGCGCAUACUACAACUACAACUUCGGCAAACGCUGGCGCUGUAUCUCAAACUGCUUCCAAUGAACAAGAAAUUCCCGACAACGUAACAGCAGAAUUGGAAAAAUUGGAACAGGAAACGGGUACAAUGGCAGAACUGCAAGGUGUCAGCGACAUUUUGGGUGGUUUAGGGGACGAUGACGAUGAGUUAUUAGCUGAAAUGGGUGCCGAUUUUAAUAUACUCGAAUACGCUGAUCCAGAGCUUGAAGCACUGGCCGGCGAAAAGACAAACAUUCUAGACUUGGAACUUGAAGAUGACAAUCUGAAACAGAAGAAGAGGCAAGCGGAACUACAAAAAAAGAAUGCAUCUUCAUCUUCAGGAACCGCCGUCUCUACCGCUACAGCGUCAACUGACGAGAUCAAAAAAGACGCCACUACUGUUCAAGCUCAAGAAUCCAAGGCUAUUACUAGUGCUACGUCGGAGGUAGCAGCUUCCUCGCAGCAACAAAUGGAAAAUGUUCAACAGCAUUUGCCUGUUGCGAAUUCUGUCCACACCCCCCAGUCCUCUCAAAAUACCCUUCAGCAGUCUCAAAUGUCACAACCUCCUCAGCAAGGCCUACCUCAACCACCACUGCAGCCUUUGCAUCACCCGCAUCUCACUACUCAGCAGAUUCAUCAGCAAAUGGUCCAUCAGGUCCAACAAGCUGCUGCCCAGGGCAGACCCAUGCCUCCGGGAUCAAAACUUCAAACUCCCGAUGGCAUUGUCGGCGUCGUUUUGCCUAAUAAUAAUGUCCAGUUACAGAUCCCUUCAAAUUAUCCACAAAGGUUGUUGCUACACCUUCAAAAUCAAAAACUGCAAAUGCGUCAACCCGUACCUCGCAUGGUGGCCCAGGUGGGGAUGAAUCAGACGAACGCUGGACUGCCCGGCCCUGUCAUGGGGUUGGGCACUCGUCCCAGGUUAAAUUUGGCCGCCCCUCCGCCGCCGCCGCCCCCUUAUCCGGGACCUCCGCCUCCCUAUCCGGGGGUGGUCAAUCCUCAGCAGCAGCAACAGAUGGGAUUGAGAAUGGGGCCUGGUUAUCAUCUUCCUAUGGGACACGCGCAUCCCAUGGCACUGCAGCGCUAUCAUAUGCAUCCACACUUGGAGAGGAGGCCGCUCCUUCUCGAGGAACAGCCUCUACUGUUGGAAGAUUUGCUAGAACAGGAAAAACGUGAACAAGAAAAACAGCAGCAUCAGAAUCAAACCGCGGGUCAGGAAAUCGCGGCACCGAAAAGUAUGAAUACCUCGGAGCCUCCGUUACUGAGCGACCACGAUUUCGAGCGGCUCAAAGCCGACGUCUUCAGCGGCGGUCCCGCGGGAAUCUCGGUUCCAAAUCAGGGAAAUACCGGCGGGAUCAUCCAACAGGGCUGGCAACAAACCAGAGCUAUUCCGACACCCACGCCCCAACCUACCACGGAACUAACAGCUCGUAUACAAAUGUUUAAUGCAAAUCUGAGACCGGCACCGCCGCUGCCUCACGAAAAUAUCGUCACCGAGCAGGACAAACAGGCGCAAAUCGCUUAUGAACAGUGGCUGAAUCACCAAAACAAUGUUCUCAAUCAGCAAUUGAGAUAUUUUGAAACCGAGGUGCAGAAAUUGAGAAAAAGUCGGAAGUCAUUAAACAGCAAGCAGCGGCAACUGCGCAAGUCGGGCAAUCAAUUGAACGAAGUGGACGCGACCGAGUUGCAGCGUAUCUCCGCGGAACAAGCUAUUUUGCAAAAGCAACUCGAAUCCAGCAGAAAACAGAGCCGUCAGCACGGCAUGCUGAUACAGGAAUACCGGAACAAACAGCAAGCGACCAAGACUGGAUCAUCGUCCGCCAUCGGGACGCCCCAGUCUAUGUUGCAUUCGCCGCACGGGCUCCCUUCCUCUUCUCCGAUUCACCAUCCGAGCACCUCGCAGUCGCCAAUGAUGUCUCCUCAGCCGUCACCCUUGAUGCAGCAUAACUCACCGAUGCACAGUCCUGGACACGUGGUAUCUCACUCACCCGGUCCCGGAUCGGUUGCCAAUUUGCUUCAGAGCCCCGGAAGUAUGACCGGAAGCAGCAUGUCGCCCAUGCAGCCUUCGCCAAGGAUCGGGACUCCCUUAUCACAAGGUGAAGGCAGCCCAGGACCCGUUCCAUCACCCUCUCAGGUGUGCUUACCCCCGCCCGUUCCGCGGAUGACUUCGCCACAACAUAGAAGGGUGGUUACUAGUCCCGUCGGUUAUACCGGAGAUUUGCGACCCGGCACGCCUCAAAUGCGCUUCGUCCGCACCCCUUUGGACCAUACGAAUUUGCAACAAAGGAUUAGAAUCCAGUCUCCGAUUCAAAAUUUUCCGACUAAAGGGGGUACCCCUUCGCCAUUAAAUAGCCCUCCGCCCCAAGCCGGCAUGACGCAGCAGCAGUUGCUCCAGAAGCAGUUGCAACAGCAGGUGUUGAUGCAUCAGCAGCAUCAGAUCCAGCAACAGGCUGGCGGCGACGCCACCAAUCAAGAUCAGAAUAUUUUGCAUUCUCAACGGGUGGCGCAACUAAUUCAACACCGAAAUUUGACCAGGCAGCAGCAGGAUCAGCAGCAGAUGCAAGCUAGCGCGCAGCCUCAGCCGUUAACGCCUCAACAGCAUCAGUUUAUGGUUCAGCAGCAGCAGCAGUUGGCGAAGCAGCAGCAGCAACAGAUAGCGAUGCAACUACAAGGCAGGAUGAACCACCAGCAGCAACAGCAGCAACUGAAUAAUCCUCCUCAGUCGCCGAUGCCUCCCAAGAGUCCACUGAUAGGGCAGCAGAUUAUGUCCCCUCCGUCAAUGCCGGCGUCUCCGAUGCCACCUUUUAGCUCUGGCCAGCAACAGAACAUGCCGAGCUCACCCGCUUCCAGAAGUCCAUUUCAUCAAAGCAUUAGUCAGCCCCCUAGCAGUCCCAUGAUGCACGUGCAGUAUCAGACUCCUAGUUCCCCAAUGAUCCAGUCUCCUCAUAAUAUCAGGAGACCUCCCAGCGCUAGCAGCAGCCCUGCUAUACCGGAAAGACCGACCAGCGUGGAAAACCCGAGUACACCUCGGAAUCAUUUUACCAUGGACAGUCAGAUUCAAGACAAUAUGCACACCGGUGGGGGUAACCCCAACAAUCCGAACAAUCCGAUUCCGUUGCCACCUCCCGGCUUCGGGAGGUUUGGUUUUUUUAAACUGGGACUUAGAGGAGGAUCGCCCAUGUGGGCUGGAUUCGGCAGAGGGGAGAAAAGAGUUCCGACACCUCCAAAUAUCAACGUUAGCACAUCGGGCGGGAGUACUAAUUCGAGUAUCGGCCCUGAUGUGGACAAACACAGCGAGUUGUCGGCGAAACCAAAGAAGGAACCGCAUAUUAGCAAAGUGUCAAUCUUAAAAAAGAAAAUGCCUUUGAUUAAGAAGUCUUUGGGUGGCAAUAAAUUGAGUCCGUUAGUGGGUAUGGACUAUAAUGAGUCCGACGAUAGUUCUUCAACACCGCCGGUAACUCCACCAUCCGGACCUGGUCGUAUGUUAGGUCAAAGAUUGAUCACAAAGUCGGAUUUGGAUGAUAAACAGAUGCACGUUACCGAAAUCGUAGAUUACGAGGACGAUAAUAGUACCGUACUAUCGUCCGAAAUUUCGCUGAGCUCUGCAGCUCAACAAAAUGACGACGAGAUGGAAAUCACGGAGACGUUGUCUCAAAAUGAUAUGGGCGAAAUUUUAUCCAGUCCUUUGGUAGAACCAGAUCAGAUUUCCGAGGAGUAUUUGCUGUUCCAGGAGAACAUGGAUAUAUCCUCUGGGGUUCAGUACUCUGACAAAGAAGAAAAUGAAGAAGAUUAUUCUGGAGAAAAUAUGCAUAUAGUAAUUCGCAGUCCGACUACCAGCGACGACGAAUUCAUAAUGCAAGGCAAAACCAAAAAAUAUAUACUGAAUAUGGCUGAUACUCCCGAAUCCCCAGAGCAGGAAGCAAGUACUGAACCUUCCUCGGAGCUACCGGAAGAAAAUUUCGAGGAGUCGGAGUAUGUUGUUAUAGAGCAGCCAGUGAAAUCUCCCGAGGAGCAGAUUUCCACUAAAGAAGACUUUGAGGAAUUGAUAGAUGAAGGUUCUAGAAAGGAGAAGUUGUUGAAGCACGAGGUAACCGCGAAACAUAUUUCGGAAUUUCACAAGUAUGCCGCCAGCAGCGUCUACAGUUUUCGAGCAAAACCGACUGCGACGACACCCGUUAAACAUACGAAUAUUAUCAAUCAGAAAAUGCCACAAAAAAUUUCGCUCAUAACAGCACCCAUUAUAAACAAUUAUACUCGCCCCGAGAAAUCCGGUACAGAGCAGCAGUCACAACUAAUUUUAGCACCUUCUUCGAAAUUAAGCACGAACAGCAGUUCGCCCAAAGUGACAAGUAUUUUCUUGACCCACAACUCAGUGAGAAGUAAUAUUUUGAAUGUAGGUCCCAAGAUAGUGACCCAAUCUCCAGCAAUAACCAUCGUCAGUGCCAGUACGUCUCAAAUCGCAUCCAUACUUCCCAAUACUAAGUUUACUGUACCGGUAAUUAGCGCUAGCGCCGUGAGGCAGCUGCCCAAUGUUAAAGUGAUAGAUAAACCCUCUACGUCACUUUCACUAACAACGCACGACACGACGUUACCUAAGAAAAUAUUUGAAGAUGAUUCGGUUUCUCCAGACAGCUCGAACUUUGAAGAAGAAAAAAAAGAUUCUUCUGAUGAAAAAUCAAAAACGGACUCUCCGCCUCUCGAGACAAAAGCUCCCAUCUUUAUUGCCAACAAGAAAUCAGACAUCAAACCCUCUGUUGAGCAGGGCAAAUACGAAAUUAUAAUGAGCGACAAUAAAAAAGAUAUAUCCUAUAGGCUGGACGAAUCUCAUCACCAUCAAAUAACCCACAUCAUAGCCAAGGAAACGCUCCAGCGGACUAGCCCCGUAUUGAGGACAACUUCGCCAGUGAUUAUUCACCAUGCUACUCCAGAGUUGAAGAUGACUGCACAAGUAAUCCAGGAAACUCAGCCUCAUAUGCAGAUAACGGCCACAGAAACUGUGGGUCCAUAUGAUGGUUCCACAGAAGAUAAAUCGGUUGUCAUAUCUAUCCCCUCGCCAACGCCCUCCCAAGAACAGAUGCUAGACAAUAUCGCGAUGCAAGCCUUGGAAAGCAGAAGAAGGGAGUUUGACUCAUUUGAAGAUGUUUUGGAUAUGAUUGAAAAUAUGCAGACUCCUGAAGAAUCUGAGCCUAUACACGACCAAAACAAAAUGGUAAAGCCGAACGCAAAAAUAGAGGCAAAAGAAAAACCACCCAUGCGCAAAGACUCGGGCGAUGCGCAACCCCUGGUAAAUGUUAGUGGUGCCUCCAAAUCGGUGGUACCUCAAUUAUCUCCACUAUCUCAACCUACAGAUCUGACAACUAACAUGGCCAAUGCUUCUCAACAACUGAGGACUCUUCUGUCCUCUGUCCAGACUACAACAAGCUCUAGUUCGUCUAAUAUAGAGACGGUAGUCAAAACCAUUAACCACAAAUUGAUUAAUAGCUCCUCUUCUAUAAAUACCCCCCCUAUUGUAGCUUCUAGGAUAAUUCAGCAAGCUAACAGAGAUUCUCCACUAGUUACGACAAUCAGCACUGUAAUAGUACCAAAUAUCAAGCAAAAGGUAUCUCUAUCAUCUCCAAGUAAGACCAGUACAACUUCAGUUGUUCAUUCUGCUCCUGGUUUGAGUUUUCUGUCGAACAGAACUGUUUCAGGAAUCAGUAUUAUUACAUCAGAUUACUCGAAGUUACCGUCAGUUACCCAACAAAACGCGUCGGUUAUAACGGCCCAAACAAGUCAAAAAGCAAAUAUUAUUUCCACUACGAAUACAGAGCAAAAUGUUAAACCCUCACUGACAUUGACGGCUAUGCUUCAAAAUCAACCCGCCGCUACUGCUAGCACUAAUUCUUCAGCCGACACCAUUACAGCAGCUAGUUUGCUGGCUACUCCAGUAAGCUUAUCUAGGAGUGGCUUUUCUACAGCCCUGGUCCAGGCUCAACCCAAUGUUGUCAUUGCCUCCUCAGUGGCCAGCACUAACAAUUCUUCUCCUGUGUCUACCACCACAAACUCAGUUAUCACUUCUUCAGCUUACAGAAAUAUAGCGGGUUCAACUAAUUUGUUACAUACCCAGCUCACUAAAGUCCGUACAAAAUCUGUGGAUGACAUUAAAGACCUUAAGGGUGACGACAUUGUGAAAACCGAGUCUGAGAUUAUAGAGGUACCUAAACAAGAGGCAGUGGGCUGUAAAUACUCCACUGUAACGACAGCAUUGGCCAGUAGACCUGAUGAUUCUCAGAAUGUUCUUUUAAAGAAACUUCUGCAGAACACUGCAUGUGCUAGCACUCAAUCAUCACCUCCUUCGACGGCAGUUAUUACAACGGCAACAUCUGCUUUCUUGAGCUCCGAACCACCAAAGCCACUAACCCCUACCCUAUCUUCCUUGUUGCCUCCAACCAUCAAGUCUGAGCCUCAACCAACUGCGCCUCAACCGCAACCGAAACCUGUAGUUCAAAGGGCGCCAAUCCGAGAAACUUCUUUCGUCUCGAGUCCUGUUAUACCGCAAAUUCAAACCACCAUAGCUUCUUCAGUCGCUUCUACUCAACAGCUUCACAUCGACGUUAAAAAGUGUGCCCCGCCAAGUCGGACAUCCAGCAGGGAUGAACUGUUGUCUCCCUUAACUCCAAAAUCGUCCUGUAGCCAAGAUUCCAGUCUACAAACUCCUCCUUUGAUCAUUAAGAAAGAGUUUCCAUCUAUGCCGCAAACCAUCAGCAAUCAGGAUCUCAAAAAAGAGUUGUUUGACGAAACUUCUCAGCAUUCAGAAGUGUCCGAUCAGGGAAAAUGCGACAUUCAGAUAAAAGAAGAGCUUUUGGAGUCGCUGGACAGUGCUGCAGAAAAAGUAUUGGACAAGGAGGGUUUGAAGAAACAGAAGAGAAGGAUGUAUCAGCAGAAGCGUAGGCAGAACCAAAUAUUAAAUAAAGAGGUUUGCAAACCCAAUAAGCGACCCCGAAAAAACUCGAAACUUGAGGAAGAUUAUGAUACUUACAUAGACGGGGUACUGGCACAAAUUAGGCACUUGCCUCCCAUGAUGGUGUCCGAAUCGGUUCUGGUUCGUAAUUAUGGAGUCUGUCCCGUGUUUGGUUCUGGCGAUUUGUCCAAGCUCGGUACUAAAAGCUUCGAUUCUCGUACUGGAGAUUUGGUGGGUACUUACGGCAAUGCGAUGGUGCCUGGAUAUUCAGACUUUUACAGCACGACACCUUAUGGUGAUGAAGAACCUUUACCUGAGAAGCCUCCGCCGUCAACUCAACGAGGUUUCUACGAUCAAGAGUUUCCUCUGAUCCGUUUCGAUAAUGACGAUGAAAAGAAGUUUGAUUUGUUCUCCCGUGAAGAUACUCCAGACUCUGUAGUUAGUAGUUCUUCGCCAGAGUGUGUUGCAAGAUCCGGAUCGCCCAAUAAAUACUAUGGACUUAAAUUAAUAAGCGACGAAGAGGAUGAAAACGAAUACCAAUGCGAAGGUCGCGUUUCUCCUGAAAUUCCUUUGCUGAAACCUAUACCCAUACGUCUUAAACCAGCCGGUCUUUACCUCAAAGAAAAUUCCGAUGUUGACAAUAAGGAAAAUAUCAGCAAAGACUUGCAGCAUGACAAAAUGAAACCAGAUUCAGAACCAUCGCCUUUAAAAGAUUCUGGUAAUGUGACUGUCACAUUAACACUAACAUCAUCUGCUGCCGAAGAUAUAAUCGGUGUAUUGAGAGAUCUGGCCAACAUUCUUCAUAUACCUGCACCAAAGACCUACCAAAUUGUUGGGCGUACUUCUUCACCUCCUGGGCAGAAGUUGGGAAUGUACCGGACCAAGGGCAAAGAUGGCAAAGAGGGUGCUCCUAUAGAUAUACAAACUAUUCUCAAUGGCGCUGCCAAGUUUUGCAAACACUGCGAUGUUGUAAUUUUAAAUAAUAUGAUUAGGAAAAGGUUAUCUGAUCUGCCAUUCUUAAACAAAGAUUCAGAGUUGUUGAGUGAAGGUGAAGAACUAUACUUCUGCAGUUCGACUUGUUACAUGCAGUUUGCUCUAAUGCAUAGAUCUCCAUCAAUUUCGGAGGAUAAGGCUGCCGCGAUAGUUGAUCAUUUGUCCCAAAAAGACAAAUUUGGCAUGAAACACAGAACUGACUCGACUGAAAGCAAACAUAUCAUAGCCAAUCAACUUGUAACUGAUCAAAAAGAUUUCAAAUCUGAUGAAAUGAUGGACACGUCCAAUUUUGGUUCAUAUUUUAUGAAAAUGAGUCGGUUUGGUGAGCAAUUAAAGUCGCAGAUGCCUCCAAAAACGCAUAAGAAUGUCAGCUACAAGUACUGGGCGGUAGGAUGCCUUCACCCUAACCAGAAACAUAAAAGACUAACUGACAAGGAACUCAUGGAGAUGUUAUAUCGUAUGGGCAUAACGGUAACCCCGCCAAAGAUGCCAGACGAUACGAGGAAAUGCAUGUUUUGUCAAGGAAUCGGCGAUGGCGUAGCUGACGGGCCAGCUCGCCUCUUAAACUUUGAUGUGGACAAAUGGGUUCAUUUGAAUUGUGCGCUAUGGUCGGACGGAGUAUACGAAACUGUUAACGGGGCUCUCAUGAAUCUCGAGAAUGCUAUCCAACAGAGUCUGAUCUCCAUCUGCAUCCAUUGCAACAAAUUUGGGGCUACUAUUCGGUGCUUCAAAACUAGAUGUUCUAGCGUAUACCAUCUUUCCUGUGCAGUCAAAGACAAUGCGGUUUUCUACAAGAACAAGACUAUGUACUGUACUGGACAUGUGCCGAAAAAUGAAAAAGAUAAUGAACUGACGACACUCUCAGUCAGCAGAAGAGUUUAUGUUAACAGAGAUGAGAACAGGCAGGUGGCGGCGGUUAUGCAUCAUUCGGAUUCUAACAAUUUGCUGCGAGUGGGAAGUUUGAUAUUCUUGAAUGUAGGUCAGCUUCUACCUCAUCAAUUGCAGAAUUUCCACACAUCCAAUUACAUCUACCCUAUAGGUUAUAAAAUUAUACGAUUCUAUUGGAGUAUGCGCAAUUUGAACAAAAGGUGCCGAUACAUUUGCUCGAUUCACGACCUAUGCGGCCGGCCAGAGUUUAAGAUUGUUAUUCAAGAACCUCCUGAGGAAGAUGUGGAGUACAAGGAACAGUCUCCCAGGGCCGUUUGGGCUCUGGUCCUGGAAAAAAUUGCAGCCAUUAGGCGCGAAAAUCAGUGCCUACAAAUGUUCCCCAAGUUUGUAACCGGCGAAGAUUUGUUUGGACUGACCGAACCGGCAAUUGUUCGCGUUUUGGAAAGCCUGCCUGGAAUUGAAACAUUGACGGACUACAAAUUCAAAUACGGACGUAAUCCACUUUUGGAACUCCCCCUGGCGAUCAACCCAACAGGAGCAGCCCGAACAGAGCCCCGCCUACGUCUGCAAACCCACUGGAAGAGGCCGCAUACCCAGAGAACCACCGGUUCUACGUCUAGACCACUGUUUGGACCGUCGAGUUCGGGUUUGAUGCCCGGUAGUUCAAUCGGAGAAGCUGCUUGUCCCUACAGUAAGCAAUUUGUACACUCAAAGAGCUCCCAGUACAAGAAAAUGAAAUCCGAGUGGCGGAAUAACGUUUAUUUGGCGAGAUCUAAAAUACAGGGUUUGGGUUUAUAUGCGGCGAGAGAUUUAGAGAAACACACCAUGGUGAUUGAGUAUAUCGGGGAGGUAAUUAGGACCGAGUUGUCGGAGUGCCGAGAGAAACAAUACGAGGCAAAGAAUCGAGGCAUCUACAUGUUCCGACUAGACGACGACAGGGUGGUGGAUGCGACCUUAUCUGGGGGCCUAGCCAGGUACAUAAAUCACUCUUGCAAUCCCAAUUGCGUGGCAGAAACAGUAGAGAUCGACAGGGACCUAAAGAUUAUUAUUUUUGCCAAGAGACGGAUCCAGAGGGGCGAAGAGUUGGCGUACGAUUACAAAUUCGACAUCGAAGACGAUCAGCACAAGAUAUCGUGCAUGUGCGGCGCUCCGAAUUGCCGUAAAUGGAUGAACUAAUUUGUACAUGUGCGAAACAUUGUGCGCAAAAGCGGUAACAUUCCAUAUUUAAGAUUUGUAUUGCUCAAUCAAAUAGGACGAGCCGUUCAAAAAUCGUGUACAGCGCAUUUGUACUUUCAUACUUCGGUAAGAAUCAGGCUGAACUGUGGCUUAGAUUAGGGACCAACUUUGUGUUGUUACACGCCCCGCCCUAUUGUAUAUAUUCCCGAAGAAGUCAGUUACCAAAUCGAAUUGAGCGCUAGUUGUUUUACUCUAUGCCCUUUUUUCCGAGCUUGUCGCCGUGCCUGCUAGUUGUAAAUCGAUGAAGUUGACGUGAAAAUUUUCGCCUUCAUUUGUUGUUUGUUGUCUGGAUAAUAAUUUCGUAUUUCCUUUUGUUUAUUGAGUUAUUUUGUUGAUUUUAUUUGUGCAAUAUCUAGUGCUAAACGACAUAUGAUGUGUCUACAAGUUUCUGCACUAAUCUUAAUGUCAUGUCAGUGUUGCUGCAAAAUAUAGUCGCGGUAAGCUAGUAACUUCAAAGUUGAACAAAAUUGGAAGUGAGAAAAUAGUCGAGAUGUAACGCAGUUUUCUAAGUAUCGUUUUUAUCACUGACAUGACAUUCGGUGUGUUAAUUAGGUGAAAGGAUAAUGAAUUGGAACAAAACGUCGAGUUUUAUAUAUAUAUAAGGAAAAGAAAAAGGACUAGUGUGUUAAAAAUGCAAUGGUUCGUCUUACGCACUAUAUAUUUCUUUAUAUAGAAUUAUGUGAUUUUAUUUGAUACUAUGGGAAGCAGCCCAAGACUUGUUACUUUUCUUUUUUUAUGUUCACACGAGUAUAAUAUUUUUUUACAGUAAGUUUAUAAAGUGGAUGUCAAAAUGUUGGGAUAAUGAGUGUCGCGUAAAGAAAUAAGCGGAAGCAUCUACCCAAGACACUUUAUUAGCCUCUUUAUUAUUAACGAUUUAGAGAGUGACAAUCACUUUUACAUAGACGAAUAUUUAUGUUUGGAGGGUAUGUUUUAUUCAUUUAGGUGUUUUGUGUAUAAUGUUAUAUAUAACUUGAUGCAGAAAAAUUAUUGUAUAUAUUUCAAAUAUAGAUAUUUAAUUGAGUAUAAGUUCUUGGCGUUUAAAUUCAUCAAAGG